CCAUCGUCGUCGCCGCAACAAUCUCUUUUGAUUUCUCUCUCAUUAUUCACCAGCAACAAAGCCCAUCUCUCGCUUCUUCACUCUCAAGUCUCAACGAAGGAGAAGUUUUGAAAUUCAGAUAUGGUGAAGAUAUGCUGCAUAGGAGCUGGCUAUGUGGGUGGUCCAACCAUGGCAGUGAUGGCUCUUAAGUGUCCUGAGAUUGAAGUAACCGUUGUGGAUAUCUCUGAACCAAGGAUCAAUGCUUGGAACAGUGAUCGGCUUCCGAUUUACGAGCCUGGCUUGGAAGAUGUGGUGAAACAAUGCAGAGGGAAAAACCUCUUCUUUAGCACAGACGUGGAGAAACAUGUCUUUGAGAGUGAUAUUGUGUUUGUAUCAGUUAACACUCCAACCAAAACACAAGGUCUUGGUGCUGGCAAAGCUGCUGAUCUUACUUACUGGGAGAGUGCUGCUCGGAUGAUCGCUGAUGUCUCCAAAUCUAGCAAAAUCGUUGUUGAGAAAUCCACGGUUCCUGUGAGGACAGCAGAGGCUAUUGAAAAGAUACUGACCCAUAACAGCAAAGGCAUAGAGUUUCAGAUUCUCUCUAACCCGGAAUUUCUUGCUGAGGGUACUGCAAUUAAGGACCUUUAUAAUCCAGACCGUGUGCUGAUUGGUGGUAGGGAUACUGCAGCCGGGCAAAAGGCUAUUAAAGCUUUAAGAGAUGUUUAUGCUCAUUGGGUUCCAGUUGAACAAAUCAUUUGCACGAACCUCUGGUCCGCUGAGCUCUCUAAGCUUGCAGCAAAUGCAUUCUUGGCUCAGAGGAUAUCAUCUGUCAAUGCCAUGUCAGCUCUAUGUGAGGCAACUGGCGCUGAUGUUACACAAGUUGCGCAUGCCGUGGGUACAGAUACUAGAAUUGGUCCAAAGUUCUUGAAUGCUAGUGUUGGUUUUGGUGGAUCAUGUUUCCAAAAAGACAUUCUAAAUCUUAUCUAUAUCUGUGAAUGCAACGGCUUGCCCGAGGCAGCUAAUUACUGGAAACAAGUCAUAAAGGUGAACGACUAUCAGAAAAUAAGGUUUGCAAACCGGGUUGUUUCUUCAAUGUUUAACACAGUCUCGGGCAAGAAAAUCGCGAUCCUUGGUUUUGCUUUCAAGAAGGACACAGGUGACACGAGAGAGACUCCAGCCAUUGAUGUCUGUAACAGAUUAGUUGCUGACAAGGCCAAGCUGAGCAUAUACGACCCACAAGUCCUUGAAGAACAGAUCAGAAGAGAUCUUUCCAUGGCUAGGUUUGACUGGGACCACCCUGUUCCUCUUCAGCAGAUUAAAGCUGAAGGUAUCUCAGAGCAAGUGAAUGUCGUCUCAGAUGCUUACGAAGCAACUAAAGAUGCGCACGGCCUUUGUGUCUUAACCGAAUGGGAUGAGUUUAAAUCCUUGGACUUCAAGAAAAUCUUUGACAAUAUGCAGAAACCAGCUUUUGUAUUCGAUGGUAGGAACGUUGUUGAUGCAGUGAAGCUGCGUGAGAUCGGGUUUAUCGUCUACUCCAUUGGUAAACCGCUUGAUUCAUGGCUCAAGGACAUGCCUGCUGUGGCAUGAAGGUGCCAACUUCAACCAAACACUGUAUCUCAUUUCUAUAAUAUAGUAUUAAGAUUCCUUUAUUUCCUGAUUCUCAUUGUAACCAAGCUGAAUAAUGAUACUAUGUCCUGAAUCUGCUUAAGCUGAAAUAGUAUAUGAAUAAAAAACUUCUGUUUCA